CUGCGAUGGCGCUUAUCGAGUACCCCACCAAGCUGCACGAGGCCGCCGCAAAGGCGGAGACCUCCACCGUGGCGUCGCUCAUCAAUGGCGACUCGAUCAAGGAGGUUGACUCCCUCAACCAGACGCCGCUGAUCAUGUGCGGGGGGGAAAACUUCAAAAUGACCCCGCUGCCUUGGGGGGGGGUGGGGGCGCACAAGCCGAUCGCCGAGAGCCACCCAGGCCUCCCCCCCCCCCCCCGGGACGGGCUCGACCACUUUGGCAACGAGUACAAGGGGACCGACAAGGCGCAGCAAAUCGGAAAGUACUCCGACUUUGUCGAGUACCUCGAGUCGCUGCCCGGCAUCAAGAAGAAGGAGUGAGCCCUCCCGCACCCGCGCGCAGCAAGCCGCUGCGAGUUCGAACGUGGGAGUUGAGGCGACGGCAUGGCGCGAGUGACGAACUCGUCGCUUUCGCGCUAUUGAGGGCGGGUGGCGAGGGUGUGCAUGAGACUACCGCUCCCGAGCAGACACCACGACCAGUGUGGGGACGCGAUGUAAUGCCAUGGGUGUCCGGGCCAGCAGAGAGGGGCUUGCGAGACCUCGGGGGGGGGGGGGGGGGAGAGUAGACCGUGGACGGAGGCGAGGGAUGUCGAGCAUCUCGCAGAGACGGUAGAGACGCGCGCACCGCAGUGCGCCUGUGCGCGGUCACCGGCGGUCAGUGGUGUUGCGAGAGUGUCAUUUUCAGGCAGCGCUCCGUGUCGUUAUAUUUUUGACAC